AUGGGGAAACGGCGAAAUGAGCAGGCGCAGAUGAGCAAAGAAGAUUUCGAAGCACAAAUGGACCGCGAAGACACCGACAGUGUCCCUGCCGUGUUCGAACAGGCCUCGGCCGAACAACUCGAGCAGCGUCGUAUUGUUCGUCGAUCGACACGCCCCCCAUCCAUGUCACCAGCCACGAAUACGCCGGUCUCAUCGUCUGUGCCGCUGUCGUCCAAUCCUUUCGCUGGCGUCAAGCUAUCUUCCGAUUGCAAACCUCUUUUUUCGUUCGGAUCAAAGCCAACCGACGGCACCAGUGUCCACGACAACCAAGAGCAACCGAAGCCAUACGCUACACCUUCCCCCUUUUUAUUUGGUACUUCUGCUCCCGCGCCAAAAAUCAGCACUAUCAGUUUCGCCCCACCUCCAAGUGGUGGCAUGUUCCAAUUCUCUCCAGCAGCCAGUACAACAUCGGCAUCCGCCAUAUCGACGAUUUCAACGACCAAUUGGGGGGAAAAGAGUGCCGAGCUGGAUAGGACCUUUCGUGAAACGGUGCUGUCGUCUAGCUGGGACGGUCCCCAAUAUCAUAGCAAAAUAGACAAGGCCUAUCUUAAGGACUGCUUCGCCCAGGAAACGGCGUACGUCAAGGAGAAAGAAGCGGCUACAGCAACCAUUCGAUACUCGCCAUCCAAACCAGCCACUUCCGAGUCUACGGCAUUUGGUACGUUUGGAAAGUUUGCACAAUCCACCAGUAGCAACUUUUCCAAAACACCGACUCCAACUGCGUUUGCGCCAAUCCCCGACUCGUCUACGACAGACAACGACAACAACGCUGGAGAAGCCGAGGACGAAGACACAAUGAUCCAACCAGCGUCAGAUCCCGACUGGGAGAUGGACUCCGAAUUUGGCCGCGUUUUUUUCUACCACCUGGUGGAUACCAAAAAGCCGGAAUCUGGAUACGCGGGGUUUGGCUCCGGCACGUUGCGUAUCCAAAAGAACAGCAAGACCGGAAAAUAUCGCAUGCUGAUGCGAAAUCCCGCCGGCAUCAAGGUUUUGAUCAAUAUUCUGAUCACCUCCGAUAUGACGUUCAAGUUGACUGCGUCUAAACGAAAGGGUCAAGACGCCACCGAAAUUUCUUUUUUUGCCACGACUAGUGUGGAUCGAGGCUACGAACAGUUCCGGGUAGUAUCGCUUGCCGAGACGGGAAAGAAGUUGCACAAAAAGCUCGAGUCGUUGGCCUCCGUAAGCUAA